CUGGGAAAAUCUAUUCGCAUCCUUUCUCUCUCACACAAACACACACACACACACGGCCAACAUUUUUAGACUGCUAUGUCGUGACCGGAGCGAUGCAAAUGUCACACGAUUCAUUGGCUACUGUCUCCGGCACGAAAACGUCAAUGUUUUGAUGGCGUUUGGAUGAAGAUCUCUCCGCGUUGCCCGGCCGCUGCUGUGUGGAAGGAGGUCGGUGGAGAGGUUUUGCUUCAGCCCCUGGACAGCUCCUUACCCAGGGUUCCCCGCUGUGCUCGCCGGGGAAACCCUCGGCUGAGGAGCGGAACCUGGACCUGGAUCUCUGGAGCAUCCAUUCAACGCUCCCAACCAGGAGCAGGUUGCACUCUUCGUGAUUUAAUCAGUCUGAAUAGAUGCUAAUAUGAUCUUGCCGUGUGACGAUGCUUCUUGCGUUUUGCACUGAAAUCCAAGCAGCAGCGCAAGUGGGAGCAGCGGAAGCAGCAGCAGCGGUGGUGCUCGUCCAAUGCAAAAGUGCUAAGGAUAGCUGCAGCCUACACACACUGCGAGCCUGCUGCUGCUUCACUUACUCUGAUCGCCACCGAGGGAGACAUUACUAUCAGCGAGGGGGCAGCGGGAGGCGCGAGAGCCCGUCAACAAUGUAAAUCUCACACAGGUUCAACAUGAAAGAAGCAUCUAUCAGGUGAAAAGGUGAACUGCAGCAGAAAACCGGCAGAACUGAGAGGAAAUCUUGUGACAAACAUCCCCUCCUCUUUCCAUCAGCCAGCAUCAUGGCAAAUGCUGAGGAAAUGGAGCAGGCAGGUCUUUCGGACUUGGAGAUCAUCUCGCAGCCUGUGGAGGAUGAGAACCAGUAUCUGGCUCCUCCGGUCCAGCUGGUGAGUUUUGGCUACAGAGAUCUGCCCCUGGCGGCUCUGGACCUCUCGCUGGCCGGCUCUCAGCUCCUCUCCAACGCAGAUGACGAUGAAAACAGGGACGGGUCCAACUGGCUGAAGCCCUGCUGUGGGCGACGUGUCGCCCUGUGGCAGGUCUGUCUGCUGAGCGCUGGAUUCAACUGCAUCCUGGUGGCCUGCGUCAUCCUCGUGGUGCUGUUCCUGUCUCUGGAGCUGCUCAUCGACACCAAACUCCUACAAUUUUCCAAUGCUUUCCAAUUUGCCAGCAUAAUCCACUGGAUCAGCCUUAUCAUCCUGUCCCUCUUCUUUUCAGAGACUGUCUUCAGAAUUGUAGUGCUCGGGAUCUGGGACUAUAUAGAGAACAAAGUGGAGGUGUUUGAUGGCGCCGUCAUCGUGCUGUCCCUGGCCCCCAUGGUGGCCUCCACGGUGGCCAACGGGCCCAGCAGCCCCUGGGACGCCAUCAGCCUCAUCAUCACUCUACGCAUCUGGAGGGUCAAGAGGAUCAUUGAUGCUUAUGUUCUUCAAGUCAAAGUGGAGAUGGAGUGUGAGAUCCAGCAGUGUGAGAAGACGAAGGCUGUGAGGGAGGAGCAGCUGGAGCGUCUCACUCAGAUCUGCCAGGAACAGGCUUUUGAGAUCCGGCAGCUGAGGGCCCAUCUGGCCCAGCAGGACGUGGACCUGGCAGCAGAACGUGAAGCAGCCAUGCAGAUCCACCAUGGGUGGGGCAAACAGGGCAGGAGUUUUCAGGUGGUGGAAGGCCUGCCUCCUGGGGAGUUUGACGAUGAGGGCGGCCAGAGAAACCCCAGGGAGCCACAUCCCACAGCAGAUCCAGUUGUGCGUGAUGACAUGAACAACUACAUCAGCCAAUACUACAGUGAAGCUAGCAGUGAUGCUGGAGCUUCUGGCCUCGGAGCCCGGGUCAUCACCACGGCAGCCAUUGACGUCCACCUCCCCACCAAUCCAAAUCCCAUCCAGUCAAACCAGAUGCUUGCCAUGGAGCCGAUGGGCAGCGCUGUGAGUGAUGCCUCAAACAGCCUAUCACGGUCCAGCGGCAGCCUGACGGCCCGCCCCCACAGCCUGAGCAGCCACAUCCCGGGGUCCUCGAUGACAGACUGCAACCCAGCUCAGGAGCUCAGUCUGAGCUACAGCACCCAUCUCUGCCCCCCCCCUCCCUGCUCAGGCAAGGACCCCUGCAGGGACCCCAGCAUGGUAGUGCAGGAGCUGCUCUCCUCCCUCUCUGAGGACUCCUGCCUUGCUCAAAAGGGCCUGGUAGUGGACCCUGUCAACCUAAAGCUUCCCAGCCCUACUGGCUCAGAAAAGGCGAGUCCUGAGCUGGACAACAGAAUAAACAUCUUCAACCGCAGGAACCAGGAGGAGAGGCGGGGCCGGGGCGGGGGCUGCGUGCUGCUGCAGACCAAGCCGCUGAUCCACCUGCAGGGCAGCGGCACGGAGCCGUCCCUGGAGGAGAAGUACCGGCUCCUGGGGCCCGCUGACACGCCUCUAGAGGGCAUGCCUGAUACAUAAGCUACACAGAAACAGAAGUCUUUUCUUUUUGCUGCCACCAUGUUCGGCACAUUUCUCAACUCUUGUCACAGGUCAAAUCUCGUGAGAGGUUGUGUAAAUCCAAUCUUAGCCAAUCCAGAGCAAGCUUGAGCCUUAGCUUCAGGCUAACACUGAUGCUCCUUAACGUGACGUGUUCAGAAGUCAAUAGUAGAAAUGACAAUAAGAACUCUUAGGCCCUUUGCCAUACUGUCCAACCUCCCCUGCUCCUCUGAUGGAUUUUUGAUACAAGAAAUUCCCUGAUAAAGCACAACAAAGACUGUAACAUCCUAGUAAGGGGAGCCAAAUGUGUUCUUGGACACAUUCUUCAUCAGGAAUUCUCACUCUGAAAAGGUCCUAAAUGCACUGAACUUUACAUGUAUUAAAACCAGCAAGGGGCCAUUCCAGCCUAUACUGAACAAAAGCGUUAUCUCUGAGCCGUGUUGCAAACCAAGACACUGUUCUCUGUUCUUGGAAUUUCAAGCAGUUAAAAAAAAGUGUUUUUUAUUCUUCUCUUUUAUUUGUUCUUGUUUUUUUCCUUUCAAUUGGUAUGAACAACUUUAAACAUCAGUAAUGCUGUUUCUUGUUUAAACAGCCACAGGGUACAGUACAUAAGACUGGCUUAACUUUGCCUUUUUGUCACUUAUUUGUUUGAUUUGAAACCAUGGACCAUGAUCCCAAUUUAUUGAAUAGCAUUUUUGUUUGACUUUUUGAAAAAAAAAACAUGAGUAGGGUACAUGUGUGUGGAUGAAAUGAAAAGGUAAGUGAGUGGAUUCUUCACAUGAAACUAGAUUGGAGUGCUUGUAGCAUGAACCUUUAAAAGAUAUGUGCCCUAAAUGGCAAGCAAAUUCUUUGCACUUUAAUGUUUACAGACACUUUUGUAAACUUGAUAUGGAGGAAGUUAUUGCCAAAUGCAGGUGUUGUCAUUUGAAUGAAAAUAGCAAAAAUAAAAGUUAGUAUUUCCUUAA